AAGGUUUUUUGUUUACAGUGAUCAUAUCUGUCUGAAGGAUAGGAGCACAAUUCCCCAGCCAUUGACGGUGCGCUGUUCCUACUGAUAACACUUGUUGUACACCAUGUCAGCCUUAGAGCUGCAUCCUGGGAGCUCUAGCAGCACGGGCACGCGGUCGAGCCCUCGCACAAUCCCUGCGAAGCGUGCAAAAGCAGCACAGGCUUGCACCUCUUGCAGAAAACAUAAGACGCGCUGUGAAAUGCUAGAUGGUGACAGUUGCGGAUACCAGUGUCAUCGCUGCAAAGUUCUCAAUCUUCCUUGCUCAUUUGAAACUUCUGGAGCGCCCUGCUCGGAGAAUGACCUUCCCCCUGCUACGCGCGCGCGUUUGAGCGACGAUAAUUCGACAUCUCGACAUCACCCGUCUCCAUCAUUUCCAAAAUUUGCUCAAGACAUUGCCAUGGAUGAUUCUGUAUCAAGCUCUCCGUGGAAUACCAGUAAUACAGAGCAACAACCUCUCACCACUCGCCCUAUGCCCCAAUAUAGAUCCCAAUCAAACGACGACAUGGAUCUUCUACAUCCUGAGGGCUUAUUUCCAAUUCAACAACGCCCCUGGGGUUUUUUGAAAUUACCUGGUGGCUUUGAUGGCACUACCGUUCCAAUGUUGGCCAUGCAAGCCCUUACGAGAGCAGUUCCCAACGAAGAGCCUUUGAAGAAUAAAGUCGAAAUAUCUCUCUUGCAUAUCCUUGGAAAAGAUAAAGUUAAGCAUUUACUAGAUAUAUUUGAAGAACGCUAUAGUCCAUGGUUAAACUUGCAACCUAGCCAACGAACCGAGGGACCCCUUUUAAGACUUGCACAAUGUUGUGUCGCAUCUAGACAUCUAGACCUACCCAUAAAAACCAUCGUGGCACCACAGUUAUACAGACUAGCCGAAGAAGUCGUUUUCAAGCAAAUAUUUAGCCCUUUACCAUCUACCGACUCCAUACACGCCAUGCUUAUUCUGUCAAUGUGGGAGCCUGUAGAUGAUCCCACCCAUAGGGAGACGAAGGACGGACGUCUCAUGGCUUCCUCAGCUGUCAGCAUGGCGAUGAACCUUCGCUUAAGCGAGGCUAUGGUAUACGCAAAAACACUGCGUGAACAGACGAAAGACCCAUCUGAUACCUCUGCUGCUGAGUUGGCGGAGGCAGUCGAUAAAGCUCGCCUGUGGUUUUCUCUCACUAAUUCAGAAUCAAUGUUAUGCAUUGGCACGAGACGAGACCCGAUGUCUAGAUGUAAGGACCUCAUCCAUGAUGCAAUCGAUUCCUCGUCAUUAUCCACCAUUGGAGCAGGACGAGAUUUGCGCUUAUCGCUGCUGUCUCAGAUAUUCGCGACUACGGAGCAUGGUUUAUCGAUCCGACUACUUUCUAUUGGAGAUCUAGGCAAAUUUUACAAAGAGAUUCUCGAUACGUUGAUGAAGAUGGACAACUUGGAAAGACUCGCAUCGCCCUUAUCAGUUCUCGCAGAACACGAGGUGUUUUAUUUCCACAUGCUUCAAGUCAUCUAUCAGUGGUGCCGUUUGUUAUUCCUAGUUCAUGCUCUUAUGGAGACGAAGAACAUCAUAUCGAAGCACCAUCAUGAGAUCCCAUGGUUCCUCCUAGCGGAGCACAACGGCAUUAACCUUGCAAGGAGUUGGGGUCAACAAGCCCUCGUGCUCUCUGAGGGAAUUUUAAUAACAUCUCUUUCCCGCCCUGAGCUAGCUCUCCUCAGCUCCGCCCCAGAUAACUUCUUCUCUAUGAUUACCCUCGCCACCUUCUUCGUCGUCUUGUCGAAAUGGUCCAUGCUCCAAAACACAGGCGAACAGCUCCCUGGCUCAAGCGAUAGCAUAUUAGCGAAGACGAUUGAACGUUUAUCGCAGGUGGCUUGUUCUCCUGAUCAUGCCCCAGCGAGAUGCGCCCAACUUAUCAACGCAUGCGUGUUGAGUUUCAGGCGGCGAGCAUCUGAAAAGACUGAGUCAGAGCCUCUCGAGCGUAGUGCGCUAAUUUUGGAGCAUUUCAAUACGGCUGCACGAAACUUCACGGAAAGAGUGGCGUCGACGUCCUCUCCUUCCCCUUUCGUCACUGGAGAAGGCAUGUCUCAGGUUUUUCCUUCGUCGUUCCCUAUAAACGAUCCGAACUAUUUUAUGAAUUCUGACAUAUUCCUGGACAACAACUUCUGGGCGUCGUUCAUGGCGAACCUCUCUGAGGGUUCGUCUGGUUGAAGAAGAAGAAUUGAAAUGCGAUAUACAGUUGAUACAGAACACUCUAUAUAGACUUUCGAUUAUGUAUCCAUAUACACUCACCUCAUUGUAUUCCUUAGGACCCUCAGCGUACAGCCUGAAUGAUCUGAAAAAUGGAUCUUAUCUCCUGAGCAAAAUGUAAUGAUGCUAUGCCCUGGAACUGCGGAGCGAGCUUAUCGUUUAUCAGGACAGCAUGGUGUAGACCUGUCUAGACGGUUGCUGGGCCGCGGGUCGCAGCGAAGUUGAUAGCUUUCUGUGGCAUGAUGUUGGGCAUGCGCCUGUAGAUUCAGAAUAAUGUUAUCCAACACCACGGAAAAACAUUUCAAGACUGCUGAAGCUUCUGAGGCUUGCAAUUGUCGCUAGUAUGCUGUACCAGUAACUCCAUGUAGACAGUUGUGUUGAACGGUUGCCGGACCGCCAGUAACCCGGACUUAA